AUGUCCCCAAUUCUCAACUUACACUUUGGGCUCUCUCUCUCUCUCUCUCUCUCUCUCUCUCUCUCUCUCUUAAUAGUCCUUUCUUCUUGCUUUCUUUUGCCACAUUUCUAUCUAUCUAUCUAUCUAUCUAUCUAUCUAUCUAUCUAUCUAUCUAUCUAUCUAAGGUUUGUUUAUUAUUUAUCUAUCUAUUUAUCUCCGGUCUGUUCAUUAUCUAUCUAUCUAUCUAUCUAUCUAUCUAUCUAUCUAUUUUUAUUGAUUAUAAACAAUUCGUUCCUUUUUCUUUUCCUCAUUUUUUUCUUCUUUCCCUUCUCAUCCAUCUUCUGUCUUUCUUAUUUACCUUCCUGUCCUCUUCCUCUUUUUCUUCACAUCUUCAUCUUUAUUAAUCUCUCUUUCAUUCUUUUCUUCUUAUUCUUAAUCCUGUUUGUUUUCAUUUUCAUAUUUCUCUUUUUUCUUUCCCUUUUUUCUUUCCCUUUUCUCUUUUUUCUUUUACCAUUUUCUUACUCUUUCUCCUUUUCUCUUUUUCUUUUUCUUUUAUUAUUUCUCUUUUCUGUUUUCUCUUUCUAUUUUUCUUUUCUCUUUUUCUUUUCUCUUUUUUAUUUUCUCUUUUUUAUUUCAUUUUUCUUUCACUUUUUCUUUUUCUUUCUCCUUUUCUUUCUUCUUAUCUUUGCUUCAAUCUUUUCUCAUUUCCUUUUUUCUUUUCUCUUUUUCUUUGUCUUUUCUUUUUGUCUUUCUUCUUUUCUUUUCUCUUCUUCAUCCUCUUUUUAUUUUUCCUUCUCUUUUCACUCUUCUUUCCUCCUUUUCUUUCUCUUUUUUCCCCUUUGCAAACUGUUUAGCAUACUUCCUCAUUUUCUAGUUCUUUUUUCUUUUCAUUCCAUUUUUUGCUUUUUUACCUUCAUAUUUUUUUCUUUUUCCUCUCCCCUCUAUUUUACUCCAAUAUUUUCUACAUCUCCUCCCCUCCACUUCUUACUUUGUCUUCUCCUAACAAGUGUCAUUCACAUCUUUUAG